AUGCCGUCGUCGUCGUUCGACUCGAGAGCGGUCGCGACGAAGACGCGCGGGGAGAGCAAGGAGGAGCUCCUCGCGCGCGCGGCCGCGGACCGCGCCGCGCGCGCGAAGACGCGCGAGACCCUGAGAGGCGUCCUCGCCGCGCAGGCGGCGUGGCGCGGCCGACGCGAACGCGCGACGACGCGCGCGUCGUUGCUGGCAUCCUGGGACGCCAGAUUCGCGACGACCGUCGACCCGCCCUCCGCGCGCGAGGCCCUCGCGCGCCUCCUUCCGCCGGUGCUCCACCUCGGCGCAUCGCGCGUCGGCGCCGCGAGGCUCCUGCGCGUUUUCGCGCUGCUCAUCGCGUCGUUGAACGCGCGGGAGAGCGACGUGAACUACGCGUCGCUCGCGUGCGAUGCGGACCCCGCGACGCGCGACGCGUGGACGACGCAAGCGCGCCGCGUCGCGGCGCUCGCGCUGGGCGUCCUGGUGGAAGAUGAAACGUCAACCGUCGCGGAAUUUGAAACUACCGAACCCGCAGCAGACGCGAAGAAGGCGAGAGAGCGUCGCGAGGCGCUCCCCGCGGUCGCCGCGAGGCUCGUGACGAUGCUCCACGACGCGUCCGCGUGGAGGUGUCACCUCCGCGAAAACGUUUGCGGCGGCGGCGGCGGCGACGAGGACGACGCCGCGCCGGGCCCCGGUCCGUCGUCCACCGCCGCCGCCGCCGCGCUCGUGGACCCCGCGACGCCCGCGGGGGCGAGGCAGCACGUUCGCGCGUGCGUCGCGCUCGCGCGGCUCGCGGCGCGCGGGGACGACAACGCCGCCGCGCUCGCGAAGGUUGUCGUGGACGCGGUAUCUUCCGGCGGCGAGAGCGGCGGCGGGACGGGGACGCGCGCGGUGACGCGUCACGUCCUCACGACGCCGCUUCUGUGCCGGAAGAUAUCGCGCGAGACGGCCGCGGCGUUGGCCUCGCCGCGGUUCUUGGUCGCGGCGCUCGGGCUCGUCGUGGCUGAAGAUGAAGACUGCGGAAGACAGCACGUCUUGGAAGGGCUCGAAAACGCGCGCGCGUCGGCGUCGGACGGCGACGGCGACAUGGGCGGCGAGACGUCGUCGCACGCGCCGGAAGUGUGGCUCCUCGAUAACGUCCUCGCGCUCGCGACCGGAUGGCGGUCGGGCGGGACCGGGCGCGGGUCGGCGCGCGACGCGCGCGAGCGGUUGCGUCGAUUCCGCCGCGGCGGUCGCGACGACGACGACGACGACGACGACGACGGCGGCGGCGGCGGCGGCGGCGGCGGCGACAACGCCGCGCUUCUCGCGCGCGCGUGCGAGGUCUUAGUCGCGCGCGCGCAGACGAAAGGCGCGUGGGCGUGGGGAUCGCUCCGCGACGUUCGAAGGCGCGGCGCGCUCGGGCUGCUGGAGGAGGUGUGGUUCCUCGUCGCGCUCGGCGGCGGCGCCCACGCCGACGCCGCCGACGACGCCGACGACGAGACGACCGCGUCCGCGAUUGAGUCGCUGUACUGGCGGCUGCUCGCGGGCGCGACCGCGACGGACGCGCGGCAGCUCUUGGGCGCGGUCGCGUUCGCGCCGGACGCGCUCGCGCGUUCAUGGCGUCGCGUGUCCGCGCGACUCCCCGCCCCGCGCGAGCUGCCGAUGACGGAGAGAGGCAUGGGCGCCGGCGCGGGGGCGUGGACCGCGCCGACGCUCACGCGCGGCGUCGCCGACGUCCCGCGCAGAGAACUCCCCGCGCUCGGCGUGUUUUGCCUCGCUUACGCGCACCUCCUCCUCGUCCUCGACGACGACGAGUUUUACUCCGCGCAGAAGCCGUUCUCGCUGAGCGAACAGCGCGGGAUCGCGGUCGCGGUGAACACGAUCGUCGUGCGAACGCAUUUAACGCCGGGAGGAAAUGCGUUUUUGACGCGGCGGCGCGCGGGAUCCGGGGCUGAGGUGCGUUCUAUACACUGCAAGGCGCUGCGGACGCGCGAUUCGCGCAGGAAGUUCGCGCCCGUGGGGCUGUGGCUCGCCCCCGCCGCGGACGCGGCGGCGAGGAUCCCGGUCGCCGCCGCGGCGAGCGCGCUCGCGGCGCACCUGAGGCGCGUUCUCCUUACACGUACACUGGCCGCGAGCGCCGUCGGCGCGGGCCUCCUCGUGGACUGCCCGCACGCGCUUCCCUUCGAGUACCGCGUGCGAAUCUUCCGCGAGCUCGUGAAGGAGGACAGAAGAGCCGCGGGGUACGGCGCGCAAGCCGGCGGCGCCGACGCAAACCCCGCCGAUCUGGGCCAGCGCGUCCGCCCCGUCGCCGAGAUCACGAUCCGCCGCGAUUUGCUCCUCGAGGACGCGCUCGCGCAGAUCCCGCGCCUCGGCGACGCGAUCCGCGGUCGACUCGCGGUGCGAUACGUGAACGCGGCGGGCGGGGACGAGGCGGGCAUCGACGCGGGCGGCCUCUUCAAAGAGCUCGUCUCAGACGUGCUCGCCGCGGGGUUCGACCCGAGCCGCGGGGUGUUCGCGAGCGCGCCGAGCGACGGCGCGCUGUACCCGUGCUCGGACGCGGGGGACACGCGCGAGGGUCUGGAGAUCGUCGAGCUCAUGGGGACGAUGACCGGGAAGGCGUUGUACGAGGGAAUCCUCGCCGAGGCGAACCUCGCGCAUUUUUUCAGCAAGGCGCUGCUCGGCGCGCCGCGGACGAUCGACGACCUCCCGUCCCUGGACCCGGAGCUUCACCGAUCGCUCAUACAGGUGCUUCGAUACGACGGCGACGUCGAGCGAGACCUCGCGUUGGAUUGGACCGUGGAAGAAUCGAAGUUCGGCGCCGUCGCCGCGUUCGAACUCCGGCCGAACGGCGCGAACGUGCCCGUCACGAGCGACAACCGCAUGGCGUACGUCCACGCGGUGGCGGACUUUUACCUGAACGCGCGGCGGGCGCGCGCCAACGACGCCUUCGCGCGCGGGCUCUCGCGUUGCGCGCACCCGGGGUGGCUGCGCCUCUUCGAGACCCACGAGCUCUCGCUCCUCCUGUGCGGCUGCCGCGACGACUGGGACGUGGAGGACCUGAGGACGCACGCGCGGUACAGCGGCGGGUACGACAAGUCGAGCAAGAGCGUCGCGAUGUUUUGGUCCGCGGUGCGAUCUAUGGACGCGGCGCAGCGGCGCGCGCUCCUCAAGUUUACCACCGGGUCGACGCGGCCGCCGGUGCAGGGGUUCAAGCAUCUGCACCCGCCGUUUACGAUUCACAAAGUCGUGGGCGAGCACGGCGCGUUCGCCGCGUUCGGGUUCGGCGCGGACGUCGCGCGGCUGCCGAGCGCGAGCACGUGUUUCAACACGCUGAAGCUGCCAAACUACCGGCGGUCUUCGACGAUGCGCGAGAAGCUCAGGUACGCGCUCGCGGAAGGGAAAGGAUUCGAGCUUUCGUGA